AUGGUGGACGCGGGGCAGAAGUUGCUGUGGGAAGAGUUUCAGGGCGUGGUGGAGCUGACAGAACGGGAGCGCUGCAAGGAUGCAUGGUGGAAUGAAGUUGGAGACCAGCUGCGCAUCGGUGGCCUCUCCGACGACAACAUCAACUACCUGCACGGCAAACCGGUGGAGGGCUGCCAGCUGUCUGCCGAGGAGCGCGUCUCGCGGCGCCGGGUCAUCACCGGACCUGACGACCCGCGACUGCACCUGCCUCGCUUCCAGGAGGCCCCCUUGAUCGUGGCGAACAACGAUGCCAAGUAUCAGGUCAACAAGCUCAGGGCGAAGAAGUACGCCCGAGACGCCGGGACACAGCUACGGUGGUCCCCGGCAAAGGAUGUGGCAUCCAGCGAAACGCUGCAGGCGCAGGUCUGCGACAAGGACCGCAAGAUCAAGUGGCUGCAGUACCACGACAAGGACACGGCCAACUUGAUGGGAAUGCUGCCCCUUGCGAUUGGCAUGCCCGUCACAUUCACCGAGCACAUCGACCGCUCCGACAAGCAGCUCCUUCGUGGCACCCGCGGCUUUGUGCAUUCUUGGGUCUGGCCGAAAUCGCAGAAGCAGCCAUCCAUCGUCUACGUCAAGGUCGAAGAUGCAACCUGGCAGCUGGACGGCGUCGACGAGCCGGGCGUCUACCCCAUCACGCCGAUAAGGCAAACGUGGCAUUUGGACAAAGGCCGCAAAGUGAAGAUGCUCAAGAUCAAGCGCACCCAGCUGCCCCUGGCUCCUGCCUUUGCCAUGACCGCCCGCACCAGCCAAGGGAAGACCCUCCGAGCCGUGUUGUUGGACUUGCAGGUGGACAAGAAGGUGAACCCGACCAUCGGCCACGUGGCCUCUACGCGGGUGCACAGCCGAGAAGACGUCUUGAUCCUGCGCCCCUUCGCCGACUUCCUCUUCAGGCGCGGGCUGCAAUCACAAGGCCCUGCCCUGCUCCUCCAGAAGCUGCGCGGGGAAGCCAUCGACUGGGCCGCGGUGCGGGAGGCGCGCAACCCGUGCGCCACAUGCAAAGAAUGCCAGCAAGUCUGGUCUUUGGAAUAUUACUCGCACGAGCAGUGGGAGCUAGUCCGGGCCAACAAGGAGGGCAUGUGCAAGGCUUGCAAGGACGGACCUGGCGCGAAGCGCCGCAAGGUGGAGCGCAGGGAGAAGUUCGAGUGCUUCGGAUGCAACACCAUCAAGAUUGCUGAGGCCUUCCCGCGCGCGCAGCUGGUGCAGGAGCGUGCUGACACCAUGCGGCACUGCUUGAAAUGCCUGCAGGUGCAGCGGGCGCAGAUGCAAUGCUGCCGGUGUUUGGGGACCAAGGCGCAGCCCGAGUUUGAACCGCAGAUGGUGACCAUGCCGACGUCUGGUGUCCUUUGUCGUGCCUGCCAGGAAGAACUCCGUCAGCAGAAGAACAAGCAAUGGAGCGGCUGCUUCAAGUGUCAAGCCUGUAGCAAAAUGUUCCUGAAUACUGUGGCCAAAGGCAAGGAUCGCGCCCGGCAUUGCUUGAAUUGUGCUUCCCGGGAUCAGCGAAAGGAUGGUGAGCUGACCUGCCGCGGUAAGGACUGCAAGCGCAAGUUUACAGCGCCGCCCUCAGCGGAAGGAAAGCGCCAGCGCUACUGCCCAGAUUGCCGGCGGCGUUGA